UUGGCAUACGGUGACCGGGAAACUCGAUCUCCUUCCUGACGCCCAUCACUCAUAUCUGCGUGCCAUGGUGCUACAUCCCUAACCCCGUCUCUCUUUCUUUCUCUUUCCCCUCUUGAGCCACUCCCAGACAGCACCAUGUUGUCCCGGCCGACCUUUAGCAUCCGGAAGUUUAUCCCGAGCCCCCAGAAGAAGCCUGAGGGGCCGGAGGGGGAGUACGAGGGAUCCUACUUUUAUCACGACGACGAGGAGGAUAUGGAUACACUCAGCAAGAUCAAGACAUGGAGGCCACCAAUGGGGUUGAUGAAGCGUUCCAAACCAAGCAUCGAUAUCCGCCGGAGCGAGGACCUGCACCGCAUCAUCUGUAUCCCGCCAUUGCCCGAUACACCGCAGUCGUCAACUACUUCUUUGUGCAGCAUUGACAAUGGCACCGCCGGUUACGUUAUGUCUGCCAGCCCGAGGUCUUCGCCUCCCCGUCGCCCCGACCGGAGUCCUUUGGGAAGCCCCUUGAUGAGCCCCCAAAGAAGCCCACAGAGGAGUCCGCUCCUCCUACCCCAACAAUUCGAAGACCAACAACAACCGCCACGAGGCAGGAGUCCGGUCUCAGUUCACACGCUUCAGAGUCCUCAACUGACGCCUCCCUCAUCCCCUCCCCAACAAGCAGAAAUGGUUCCGGAGACACCCCUGACCUCGCCGGAUACCAUGCCGUCAACGCCUGCGACCACAAACAGCAGUCAACCCACGUCUCCAGAGACAAUCAUGGUGGUGACCCCGCCACCCCCAGAAACACUCGUAGACAGCAACGAUGUUGCCGUCUCUCCCGAUGUUCAGAUCCUCACGCCGGAGACGGACGAGGCGCCGGCUCUCAGCCAGGCCCUGAGCAACGCGAAACUAUCUGACCAUGAGCUAGACAAGUUCCCAAAGCCCAAGGAGCCGUCGCCCGUGUCGGUACCUGUGCGCAGGAAAUCACAACGGCGGAGCCAGGGUUCGGUCAAGUCUGUCAAGUCUCCCACAAAGACGUCGAUGAAAGACCCUUUAUUACCGGCCCAGGCGCGAAUCCAGUCCAACUCUCGGCCGAAGCGGGCAAAGUCAAAGAAGUCUCGGAGGAGGCCACGUGCCCCGGCAAGGCAAUCGUCCAUGUGGCAAUUGACCGAGAGCGCCAAGGACUUGUUUACGAUACGUAUCUUCCACCGGAUCGAGGUCGAUGAGAUGCUGCCCGAGAGCACGCUCCGGGAGAUUCGCAUGAGCAGGGCUGCUCAUUGGACGAGGUCUCCCGAACUGGGGGUGACACACGUCGACAAGAGCACAGCUGCCGCGCCGAUCGAGCCGCUCAGUCUCGACGACUCUCCCGAUGCCGUGAUGGAGGAGGACGUCGUGACGCCCCGUGCGUCCGUCGUGGACCAGGGGGCGGAGAUCUAUGAGGAGGACUGCAAGACGCCUACGGCGGCCCCGGAAGCGCAAUUAAGCCUAACUCCAGAGGCUAUCAACGUACAGGCACAGGCCGAGGAGCAGGUGGGAGAAUCGCAGUUGUUGAUGCAGCUGCCGGAUUCACCGACCACGAAAUCCUACGACGGAGAGGAAGAUGACGGGAACCUGCCGAUCAUGAUGAUCGCGGAGGACAACCCGUCCGCUCAACCCCAGCCGGCCGAAGCCAAGUUGGCCCCGUCGCCGAUGCCGCCGAUGAAGGGUCCGAUGCAUCGCCGCAUGCCGAGCAGGCAACUGCCGCCGCUCCCGACUAUCCCCGAGAUCGUGGCCACAGCUCCCGAAGAGACGCCGCUGUCACCCACUUCGGCACCGCCCCUCGGACCCGCCAGCAAGUCAAACACAGAUGACUACAUUUACCUCGACAGCAACCCCUGCACGCUGACCAUGCCGGCCAUCCGACACGGCCGGAUCCGCCUAGCCAAAUCCGAUCUGCCAAUUAACAAAUUGGCCGCGGCCGUUGAUGACACGCUCGAUUGGACGGCGUUUCAGAUGGCCAUCCUCGGCGGCGCGGGCGACUUCUUCAGCGAGCCGACUGAUUACUCGCGCCCUUCCGACGAGGAGCUCGACGAGCUCGAAAAGCUGGCGUCGUGGUACGGGGAGUUUGGUUUUGACGGGGCCGGCUCGCUGGUCGGCCCCAGCGAACCGCACACGCCCACCCAAUCGUGGACGCCCGUCCUACCGCGGACGCCCGUGCUGUCUCCUCCCUCCCCGACCUCCACCCCUGGCAGCAGCCCGCGCACCGUCGUCGGCACCCGGAGCCCCGGCAUCCGGCGGAUCGACCCGCCCGCCGCAAAGGACAGCGAAAGCGGAUUCAACAGCUUCUCGCUGGGCGACUCCAUCGCCGGCCGCUUCUUCCCCUCUCCCUCCCUCGCCCCCGCCGGGCCGGGCUACUCGCGCCACCGGCGCAGCGCCAGCAGCACCACCUUUGGGCAGCCGCCGCAGAAGCCGAAGCAGCUGACGCACUCGGCGUCGUUUGAGAGCCGCAACCACGCUGGCCUCGCCAUCGACUCGACCCGGCGGCCCAGCAUCGACAGCAUCCAGAGCCUGCCGCAGAGCCCCAUGAUGGACCUCGUCGUGAGCCACGAUGUCGAAGGCAACGAGUACAUGGUGCCGAUGGGUUUCAACCUCAGCCACGACCUGGGCGAUUUCCUGAACUGGCAUACCGAACAUAUCUCCGGCGCUGGGUUUGGACCGGCCGAGGGGAACCAGAUUUAAUUCCUGGUUCGCCCCGAAUAAACAUAUCAUUGUCGCAUAUGGCGGGAACGCUAUAUGCGACCAGCCAUAUGCAUAUUGUCACAUUACGUUGUAUCUGUAUUUUUACCACCUUCCUUCCCUUGUUUCCUUUUCCUCCAUCUGUCAUCCGUCUUUCCCUUCUUUCUCUAUCCUCGUCCUCGUCACAAGCUGGUACGGCACGGUACUCGGUUCGGUCAUUUGCACGGUGUUUUAGCAGGCAUGCAGGCAGGACGGGGGCAUCUUUUGACUCCGUUUUUUCUUUUUACCCUCUCUCUUUGGCAAAGGCGUUCUACUGGCCAUUCCUUCCCGGUAUCUUCAUCUAUCUGGCAGCAUUCAGGGGGGCGCAAAGCGGCAAG